CGCAACUGGAAAAUCCAUGAGUUUCACGCGCACAUAUGCAUUUCCUGCUUCCCUGCUUCUACUACAGAGAUGGAUACAAGUUUCCGUAGCUUUACGUACACAUAAGUGACAGACACGUGCAGACAUUGACUUCAGACGUUAGAGGGGAAUUUCCCUGGAGGGUAGGGCUUGCACGACAGAGUCAGCUACCUGAAAGACUGGAGAAAGAAGUGUACUUCUGCACUCGAUUUGUCUGAGUGUCUGAAGCCGUUAGGCGAGAGUGCCUCUAUUUCUUAAGUUUUUAUAUGCCUGUGUAUUUUGGCGGGCGUCCAACGGAGGUUUUUUAUUCCGUAGAUUACUGGCAGCUCUGCUCCCUCCAAUCUUUUUCUCGUAGUUUUGUGCAAAGUUAGAACCUUUUCUCCUGCCUCAAACGGACCCCCACAGAACGCCAGUUUUCCCUCAAAAAGGAGAACUUUGUCAACCACAGCGUUGUUGUUUUUGACGAUCCGUGCUGUCCGUGCUUCUCUCUUGUGCGAUUUCAAGUUCCUAUUCCGUCCCCGGUCCGCUGCUCUCUUAUUCGUCAAGCUGCUCUCCGAGUCUUUCUCCAGAAACGCGGAAAAGCAGAACAACACGCUUUGCUUGUCUGGUCGACCGCUACCACUCCACUUGAAGUUUUGGUCAGCCGCGCUUCUCCGUUUUUCUAUUCCGUUGACUUUCACAAACGGCUCGCGGAAUUCAAAUUACCCAAGUGUCUGGAGUUCCCGUAUGUGGUGAUCUGUUCCGCUUCCUUUGUUCUUUUGAGCAACAAACACGAGAGAAGGUGUUGUUUUGUGUGCCGCUUCCCUGCGGCCCAAAAUGUAGACGAGCAAGAAGUUUUCCUGGAAGGUUUUUCUCCAACCCGGCCCGCAUUUAAAUCGUUGCCCUUCUGUCCCUUAGACUAGUCCGGAUGCACCUACAUCCUUUCCCAACGCGCUCCUUUCUCUUCGCGUUCGUGGCGGUAUUUUCGCCCACUCCAGUCAUUCUAAUGUCUGGCUUCUGUCUCCCUUCUUCCCUUACCGCAUUUUUCCCCUUCACUGUUUCGACUCUUUGGUCUCCGCGAAAACGCGCUUCUGUCUAGUCACCGUCUGUCCUUCCUCUCUGGAUUUGACCGCGGGAGCGGCUGAGUGUUUUGCAGAUUUCCUUCAGCGUCUUCGCCCAACCUCACAUCACACAGUAGCAGUAAAGAGUAAAAAGGUUGAGCAUUUGGGGUUUUGGGGUGCCAGCCUCUCACACAGUUACGAGGCCCUGCGAAGGGCAGUUCUACCGCCCUUUCGCCUUUUCUACUUGCCCCUCUCUCUAGGUGCUACGGGCGUUCUGUCCAGAGCCCACGGUAUCUCACUUCGCAGUGUUUUCAAGCGAAGGAAAGAUGAUGCGAAUGAUUUUCGGCCGAGGAGCGGCGGGCAAAAAGGACGAGGAGGCCCCCAUCGUCCCUGCGGACCCGAGUGCUGCCUCAGACCUCGCUGAGGCCCUCCACCGGAACAAGGAAGCCAUUGAGACACUCGAGAAAAGGCAGCAGCACAUCGAGAAGAAAAUUCGCAACCAAGAGGCUACCGCCCGAGAGCGCGUGGCGUCGGGAGACCGGCGAGGGGCAAUGCUCUGUCUGCGCAGAAAGAAACUUUUCGAACAAGAUCUGGAGCAAAUUCUCACCUCGCGACUCACCCUCGAAACGCAAAUUGUCACUCUCGAGGCGGCUCACACGCAGCAGCUCGCCGUCCAGGCAAUUGCCGGAGCGGCAAAGGCACACCGAAAUUUCAGCCAGAAAUUGAGCAUAGGGAAAAUUGACCGACUGCUCGACGACAUCCAGGAGCAACAGGAUCUGCAGCAGGAAGUGACGCAAGUUCUCGCCCAGGGUCUUCCGCCGCUGGAUGAUGUGGAGCUGCAGCGGGAGUUGAAUGCGUUGGAGGCGUCGGAGAUAGAGAACCGCGUUCUCGAGACUGCAUGCAAUGCCCCGUCAGUCCCCGUCGACGACCCUGCACUCACCAUGCCCAGUCUUCUCCAGUCUCUGCAGCCGUGCUGCUCACCCGGGUUGCCUUUCGAGCCAGACAGACGAGAGGCGCAUUGCCUCUCCUCUGGAUUCGCCCACAUGGUCAGUGUGCCCGAUGUCGCUUGUGCGUCUCCCCUCACGACAGCAAGUCCUGGAGUGUACGGGAAGCCCACUGUCCAACGCCUGUCCACGCACUCUACGUCUGCGUCUCUUUCGUCAUCUUAUCGUGUUUCUCCCUCAUCUCAACGCCUGGCGUCAGUGGGCAGAGAAUGCCGCACAAAAAAGGUUCCUCUCGCCUCCGUGGAGCUUGCGACGGGAGGCGAUUCGUUUCCGCUGCAGAAGCGAGCAAGCAGUCAAGCCACUGCAGGGUGCGGCUCUGUGAAUGAUUCUCUGUUCUCCCUAAGCUCCCCAUCAUCUUUGCACUACGUCAGUCCUUCCCCGUACCUCUCUACUCACUCUCACUCCCCUUCUGGCCGUCUGCAGUUCCAGGGAGAUACCUUCCUCCCAAAUGCAGAUCCGAAGAGCCACAGGGGCUUUUGGGAUCAACACACAGAUCGAUCUGGUAGAGUGCCUGAAAGGUCAGCGUGGACAGGACAGACAAGAGCGAAAGAGAGAUUCUGUUUCGGUCUACGGGGGCCGACACUUCUCGACGCAGAGUCUGCGCAACGGAGGCGAGACACUGUGAAUGAGGAGGAGCAGUUGAGGCGUCUCAUGGGUCAGCUUGGUCCCUGACGGUGGACGAGGCAGACCAAGAAGAUAGACACGAGGGUCGCGACUCGAAUGCCACCCAAAAGAAACGAUUGAAAAUUGGCGGAACAAACGAAUUCGAAAGGUGUCGGAGUCUAUGGCUGAGGCUCGACGAAAGGAACAAAGUGAACAAAUCCUAUGAGGUGGGGAAGAAGAGAAAAAAGACGAACGGGAGAUAGGAAACGAAGAGAAAGGAAAAGCAGGUGACACACUGGGCCGAGCAGGAACUCCGAAAAUAGAAAAUGUCGUGAAAGCAAUAGGAACAAACACUUUAUCUUUUCGUAUGGAACACUUUCUUGUUCUAUCGGUUGGUUCCCACGUGGACGCACAGUGCGGGAAUGACGACGCGAUGGUUGGACAAAGCAAGCAGUGCAGGCGGGAGAGAAAAUACAGAAAACCGUGAAGGGGAAAAGACGUGAAGAACGAAUUGUUUUCAAGGUUCGAUCUGUGAAUAAAACGUAGUCGGGAGAUUGCGAGAGAGUCCACUGUUGUUCUCCUGAAUCGGUCUGGGGUCCAUAGUGCGUGGAACAAGGAGGUCUUGCUGGCGCAUUUCUUAUCAAGAUUGGAUGUCAUGAUUUGGCGCACAAUGUUUCAGAAUUGGUUUGGUCGUUGUGUCUCUCUGGCGAUUCGUCCCUUUUCUUCCCUUGCCCUUGGUAAUAGCUCCCACAUUUGCAGGUUUCACUUCUUUUUACAAGAGGCACAAAAACAUUCAACAGCCACGUAUUUUCUUCUGCUGUCUUGAAUCUCUUGAAACAGCGACAAAAUUUCGCGUCACAGCCAACUCCUUCGGUUUUUUCACAUCCGCGUGCAGAUACACGAAAACCUAAGAUGGAAGCGGAUAUCCAUAGAGCGUGCAGACGCCCAAGCAUGUGAACGCAUGGUCAAACAAAGUAUGUGCUUCUACAUGCAUAUAUAAAUAUAUACUUGUUCAAAUUGGACAUGAAAGUGCAGAUG